CACCUAUGGAGAAGCCUGCUUCCAGUAAACAACUCCUCGCGGAGAAUGAAGAUCUACGCCAACAGUUGCACGUCUUCAAGAACAAGUUUGAGAUUGCCAACAAAACAAUCUUCGAUUUGUCAGAAGAGCUGGAACAGGUGGUGGUAAAAUCGGCCGAAGAAAAGAAACAAAUACGCUCCACUUAUGAGGAGCAGCUGAAGGCACAAAAAUCGAUCAUAGAUCAAUUAAAAGCACAGUUAGAGGAAAAGAAUGACAUCCUUCCAGGUUCCGAUCCGGCUCCCGAAAUACCGGCGACUGCCAUUUCCGACCAGCAAGAAUUGCUAUCUCGUGCGAAACAAGAUUGGGAAAAUGAGGAAAAACGAUAUCUUUUCGAGCUCGAAUUGCUUCAGGAAAAGUUCCAAUCUACUUCGGAAGGGCUCCAACAAGCCAAAUGGGAACUGUCCAAAACUAGCGAGGAACUCCAGCAGGCGAAAGAACGGCUCGAAUACAAGCAAUCAGAUUUACUUAUCGAAAGGGAAAAGGCAAACGAGCUGCGCACGUUGCUUGAAGCUGCCCAGCAGCAGAACGCUUUACUGUCGGCUGAACUCGCUGGCAUCCGGUCCGGUUCAAGCAAUGAAAAUACGAAAGGAAAUUCCCUGUUCGGCGAGGUGGCUGAUCAACGCACCAAAGUGCUGAAGACAUUCGCCACACUGAAGGCGGUCCACAUCAAGCUGAAGCAGGAGCACGCCGAUUGUCCGAGACAGAUACGGGAGUUGCGCGAUAUAAACCAGCAAUCCGAGCGAUUGUACGGACAGUGUUUGAAAUUGAUUAAAGCGGCAGAGUAUGAUAACUUGUUCAAAUUACGGGAGCAAAACGGUGACCUUCACGAGCAGCUUGAGAGAGCGUUGGCCCGUGUUCGCUAUUUGGAACACGAGAUGGCAACCAAAAGUGCCGAUUGGGUGAACAAACUGGUGCUGUACUACACGGAAGAGAUGCGAAAGUUGGAACAGAGGUUGCGUACCUGUCAGUUUCAGCAACGGGAAGCAAUGGAAUUGCGCCAAGAUGCGGUAAAGGAGGCAUGGAUGUGGCGGCUAGAGGCACAACGGUUGAGGACGAAUGCUUUGAACGUUGAACGUGCGGAGUGUCCUACAGCGACAAAGUCUGAAGACCCAGCCAAUUCUACAAAAAUCGAAAUAAAGGAUGUAACUGAGGUGGAAUGUAGCGACAAGGAGAAUGAAGGCAUUUCUCGGUCCGAAACAGCUGCCACGCCUUACAGCAAGGAACCGGAAUCUGACGAUGAAGCUUGCAGCACUGUUCCAAGUGUUGGCAAUACUGUACAGAUGGCUCCGAAACCUGUUGGAGCUCUGCAAGAGAUUAAGCAAGAAAAUCCGGAACCGGAUACAGCCACCUUCAAAAUUGUGCCUCUGAAAUGUUACAAAAUCACUGACCUAAUGAAGCUUCAGAACAAAGGGCUCAACAAAACUGAUACGGAAUGCCGAGCCAAUGAGGAUGAGGGCACGGAAAAACCACAAUAA